CACAUAAAAGGUGCUACAUAAAUUUAAAAUGUGUUAUAAUCACAUGCAUUCACAGAAUUCUGUUCUUUUAAUUAAAAAGUCAGUCUUACAGACUACUAAAAAUCAGAAAAGAUAUUUCUCCUCCAAGGAGCUAACCUUUUAAUAUUUAAUCCUAAUAAAAUAUGAGACCACUGAUGAAAUGCUAAUUAUAUAAGAAAUGUAAAGACAAGUUCUGCCUUUAAGUUUUCAAACUACUAUUGAGUAAUUCUGUUGUGAAAUAUGUUACAUCAAAACAACCAUUUGAAUGUUGGAUUAAGACCUUUCAUGGAAGAAGAUGAGUAGAAAUGUUCUGUAGAAAACUUUUAAGAAAGGAUAAAUUCAAGGAUAAAUAAUGCCUUUUUAAACAAGGAAGGGAAAAGAACUCCUGUACUUUUAAAAUAGAUUGAAAGAUUCAGAGACAAGAGUGGGAAAAGGAAGUAGAGGGAGUGGCUUCUUGGUAGGUUUCAACGAACAAAGUGAAAGAGACUUGAGAAUACAAGAGUAAAAGGAAGCCAGAGCUAAGGGGCUCAUAUUUUGGAAUGAUGCAGAGCAUUGAAGGGAAAACACACGAACUUAAUGCAAAAGUGGCUACAGAUGUCUUUAAUUCAAAAAACCUGGCCGUACAGGCCCAAAAGAAGAUCCUUGGGAAAAUGGUAUCCAAAUCCAUAGCAACAACCUUGAUUGAUGAUACAAGCAGUGAUGUUUUAGAUGAACUCUAUAGAGUGACAAAGGAAUACACUCAUAACAAGAAGGAGGCUGAAAAGAUCAUCAAAAACCUAAUCAAAACUGUCAUCAAGCUGGCCAUCCUAUACAGGAAUAAUCAAUUUAACCAAGAUGAACUAGCAUUAAUGGAGAAGUUCAAGAAGAAAGUUCAUCAGCUUGCAAUGACUGUGGUCAGUUUCUAUCAGGUUGAUUACACCUUUGACCGGAAUGUAUUGUCCAGACUAUUGAAUGAAUGUAGAGAGAUGCUACAUCAGAUCAUUCAGCGCCAUCUAACUGCCAAAUCCCAUGGACGGGUUAACAAUGUCUUUGACCACUUUUCAGAUUGUGAAUUCUUGGCUGCUUUGUACAAUCCCUUUGGAACCUAUAAGCCCCACUUACAAAAACUCUGUGAAGGCAUCAACAAAAUGCUGGAUGAAGGGAAUAUAUGAGCACCUGGAUUACAGUUGUGACUGCUAACAUUUCUUAUAAAUGGAGCACUGCUGAUUUAUGAAGGAAAAAAAAUUAAAACCAAGGGUUUUGGAGUUUUUUGAAGAUUACAGAUACUUCAAAAAGACUUUGCCAAAUCAGUUCUUUGAUCAUGAGCCAUCUUAUUCCCAAACCACCAACAAUAAACAUCACGUGAGAGAUGUAGAACUUGAUUUUUAUUUGAAAAGGAGCAUAUUGCCAAAAUAUGUGGCUAAAAGCUAUCAAACAGUUAACAUAUCAUGAAAGUUAUGUUUAAUAAACAAUGUAUUUAAUCGCCUCCUGUAAGAACUUUUUAAAGGGAGGUCUUCACGGUGAUGGCACAUCCUAUUACAUCUAAUGUAUAUAAAGUUAUAUUUUUUUCACUAAUUUUCCUUCUUGAUAUGUGUUUGCUUAAGACAAAACGAAACAAAAAAUUUCCUUUUGAUGCCAAUGCUACUUUAGAAACAACUUGAAUUUUCUAGUUCUAUCCUCAAUGCUUGUGCAAAGUUUUCAUGUAUGGUGUUAAGAUCCAGUUCAAGCCAAAUCUGUUACCAUGGGAAUUUUACUCUGAUUUUCAUGAGCUCAGAAGUAAAGUUUUACCCUUGGAGGAACAGGAAAUUACAUAUUUAAAAGAAUUCAUAAUAUAAUAUGCUUAAAAUAUGAAUCAGGUAUGGUUAAAAUAUAUGCCUCUUGCAUAGUCUUGCUCUUUAGUGAUAAUGGUGACAUCUAGGUUUCCAAAAUGUAAUGGGGCAGUGUUCAUCUUGAGUAUUUGUUAGUACAUCAUGGACCAUAACCUUCAUGUUUUGAAUGUGUGUUAAAUGUGGGCAUGACAUAAAUUUCAAAAUUAAGAGAAAGAAGAAUGACAAUCUGGAAUGUUAUUAAUAUGGGACUGUCAAAAGUAAAUGAACAAUUUCUCUAAUAAACAGAACUGAUCUAUGCAACAAAAUAGAAGCCAGCAGAAAUGUAUGGCUGGUUUAAAAAGGAAAACAAAGAACUUCCCAUAGAGCAAAUAGAUAAAAAAAGAAUGGAUUUCAAAUAUUUGAGAAAUUUUGUUGUGAAUACAUAGGAUAUUACAUUUUUAUUUAAUUACCAAAGUUGUUUAUAUUUUGUUUGAUAUUUUGAUGAGUAAACCAAAGAAUGAUUGCAAUCAAA